CGAUCUACUCCAAUACCAUUAGAUUUAGUCAGAUUUAGUCUUCUGUUUAUUUGAACAACUGAUUGCGUAAGUUGAUUUGUUUUGUGGGCAAAAUAAUAGGCUUUUAUUUUUAAUACAAUGGGGAAACAUUUCGGUGAACUAUACCACAUGAGAAAUAUAAUUACAUACAGAUUGUCCCCAUUUGAACAGAGGGCUUUUGCGAAUGUAAUUUCCAAAAGUAUUGGAAAUACCUUCAGAAGAUUCAGAGAAUCCGUAUUUUACGUUGUUCCACCCCUUGUAGGAGCCUAUGUGAUUUAUGAUGCUGUAGAAAGAGAACAUGAUAGAUUAAUGCGGAAAAAUCCAGCUGAUUUUGAAAAUGAACGUUGAGUCAGUAUGAAGUAAUGUAAAUUAGAUCAAUGUAUAUUAGUAGCAAUAUAUAUUAAACGUUUUUAAAUUAA